AAACGAAAGGACUUACAUUGUCAAUAUUUGUAGAAGGCACGCUUGAAUUAUCUUCCACUCCAGGUUCUGCGGAUAGCAUCUUGGAGCACCAGAUUCUUUGAUAAUGGAAGUGAAUAGCAGGUGUGGGUCUAAUCUUCCCAAGGUCAUAUGGACGGUUGAAAUUUUGGAUGCGGUGGAUGAUAGUAAGCCUCAGUCUGAGGGUGUUAAUGGACAAGUAACCAAGGUGACUUGGAGGAUUGAGAAUUUCUCCAGAAUCAAUAACAAAGAGAUCUGCUCUCAACAUUUUACUGUUGAUGGCAACAAAUGGCAAAUAAGUAUCUUUCCCAAGGGGAACAACGUGGAUGCUUUGUCAAUUUAUUUAGGAGUUGCAGAUUCAGCAACUUUGCCUUCAGGAUGGAGUCGAUUUGCCCAAUACGGAUUUGCAGUCAUCGACCAAAUGGAUCGCAGAAAUUCUUUUACUAAAGUCGCUACUCAUGUGUUCAACGCGACGUCUGAUAAUUGGGGUUUUCCUUCAUUCUUUGCACUUUGUGAAUUAAACGACCCUAAAAGAGGCUACCUCGUCAAUGAUGCAUGCUUAGUUGAAGCCUAUAUUUCCACUGAUAGGACUCCAGGUCUCAUUUCAAAGGAAUUCAUGCUCAAAACGGAUUCGGCUAAACAUAAGACCGUGGAAGCUGAUCAUGUGAAGGAAACCAUAGACAACCAGACAACUGCGAAAACCGAACCAGUAGAAAUCACAACUCCUUCACCAACUCAGCCUUGCCAGAACGUUGAAAGUCAGGCCGUUGAACCUACAGAAGAAGAUGUAGAGACAUUUUUCACUAGCUUAGAGUCUGAGCUUUCAAGCCAUGACACUGUUUUUUCUAAAGAAGAAGCAAAGGAAGCACUGGCUAAAUUAGAUGAAGCCUUGAGUAUGACCCCAGUUAAUCUCUACCAUUCAGGGAAGUUUUUUUUCCACUUAAGAAGGCUUUCAAGAUCCUAGCUAGUUUCGAUUGUUCCUCUACCACCCUUACAAUUGAGCAGAAAAAUGAGCUGUUGGCCAUGGAGGAAAGCUUGAAAGAACUAGCCAAUCGAGCAGCGAAAGCAGUGCAGGACAAGAUCCGACUUACGGAAAAGGAAUCCAUCAAGCUGACGAUUACUUGUAAUUUGGAUCGUAAUCUAGUCAGAUAUAAGGAGGUAGAGCAAAAACUUGCUGCCCUGUUGGCUGAACGAAAUGGGAUAUUCAUAAGUUCCAAGGAAAUGAAAAAGGAGUUGGUAGCAUUGGGAAAGGAGUAUGAGGCCAAUGCCAAGGCUGCUGAGGAGGAAGAGAGAAGCGUUGAGGCAGAAUGGGAAA